UAAUGGGGCUCCGGGGCUUCAAUGAUACGAUAACACGUCCAAAAUAACCCACCCAGGAAAAGCGACUUGUCGGUUUCUCCCGCUGUGCUUUAUCUCCCUUUUUGUAACAAUCGGUGAAGCAAUAUUUAUAUAGUCGUUGCCUGAGCACACGCUUUCCUGAACUAUGCAAAAUGAAGGCGUCGCUUUCCGGACAAGGUCCCGCGUUAGAGGAGCACCCCUAGCUGGAAGAGGAAAUCUGUCGAAUAACACUUCGCGGAGUACACGUGUGCUGCCAGAUGCCUCCGUCCAAGCGCGUAGCAGGCGGACCAGUCGGGUGUUAGAUUCACCUAGGUCCAGAAGUCCAAGUACGUCCAGGGCCUCAAAAGAUGGCGAUGAGGCCUCAAGCAGCCAAGGCAUUUCCAAUGCCAACAGAACUCAGAGCCAUCUUUCUGAAGACCGCAUCGAUGACAAUGGGGAUGCAGAGCUUAUCUCACCGCGUAGUCUCGGGCGCCUUCGCCGUGGUCCUCCUCCGCGAAACCCAUCUCCUGAGCCUGCGAGUUCAAGUGACAGCGACGUAGUAAUAGUGGAGGUCCGUCGACGUGAGGUUGAGGAAGUCGUCCUGUCUGAACCCCCAGCCAAGCGCCUCCGGUCUGCCCUAGAUACACGGCUGCCAGGACCUCAGAGGGGGGAAAGCACAGCAAACGGUGAAGGCAUCAGCGGCGACGAGCUCGGGGAGGAGGAGGAAUUGCGGAUUGUUGGAGAAACAGGACAGGUGGUCACUCGCGAUUUGCCCCACCCGCGGCCCCACUGCGCGGCACACCGCUUCAAUGCUUCCGGCGCAGCCAGCAACCGCACCUACUGUGCGCAGUGCUUCUGCUACGUGUGCGACGUCAAGGCCUGGGAGUGCGAGUUCUGGGGCACGGGCCGCCGGGAGCGCGAUCACGCCAACGCGCGCUCCCACCCCUACUGGAACAACCUCCGCCGCGCCGCCCGCGACGGCGACAAGGCCCUCGUCCGCAGGGAGUUCAGGGACAACGGACCCCUGCGGCUGCCCUCCACACCUGUGCAGCUACUGCAGCAGCUGCCGCGUCAUCCGACCCCUACCGCGCCCCGUCACGACGCGUGGCGCCGCAUGAUGGCCGGCGACCCCUUCGCGUCCGAGCUGGAGAGGGAGGCUGACGUGUUCCUAGCAGCGCUGGCGAUGGCGCUUGCGGGCGGGGCCAACCACCAGGGGGCUCAGGGGCAGCUGGCCGGGAACGCACCCGCUGCGGGCGGCUACAACGCCGGUAGCGCUGCUGUUGCUGCUGCGGCGGCGGCGGCGUCGCAUCUCGGUGCAGGUGAUGGUGGUUCUGUGGGCACAAGCAGGAUCGGGCGGCGUCAGGAGGGGGCUGCACCUUCUCAGCCGCCAGGCGGUCAGUCGCAGGUCCUGCUUCCCUUUCAGCUUCCCCGCGUGGCCCAGCAGCAGCACCCAGUACUGCAGAUGUCGUUUGCGCUGCCUCCGUUCGUCCAGCCCGCAACCCAGGAGCCGGCCUCCCAGCGGUGGGCUCCCAACCAAUACCAGCAGCAGCCCCACGCGGCCUACCCGAACCCGCAGCUCGGUUACCCGCCACCCCCCUUCCACUACCAGCCUGCAGCGGCCAUGCAGGCGCCCAUGCAGGCGCAGGCACCGCAGCAGCAGCAACGACAGCGCCAAGGGCAACAGCAACCGCAGAUGCUGAUGCAGGUGCCGUACAACAUGCCUCUCGGCCUUCCGCAACCGCAGCUGCAGGGGCAGCAGCUGUACGUCUUUGCGGCUCUGCCGCAGAGGCCGGCGGGUCAGCCGAUGUAAGUUUAGAUGACAGGGCAACCGGAUGUGUUGCCGCAUCAUGGGCCGACGCCGCACAAGCAGCCAAUGCGACUAUCCCGGGUCCCACAUAACGCACCAACGGGCCCGGGUAGCUGGCGUUAGCGGGCCAUCGGCACCUUUCCCGCCGAGUACUUGAUGGGGCGGUCUGUGUACUCUUUUAUGCAGGAAUGCUGCAGACUGCUGUACGGUUGCAACGACGUAAAGACGGCUGUUAGGCGGGGCCGGCGGGGUUCCGGACUGAUCCUUUCUACCGGCAGGAGUCUGUUAAGGGCUCUUCCGGUGUCUGUGCUUCAUGUCGACCUUCUCAUGCAGUUAUCGUAUUUUUUAAUAUUAUUCUCAUGCCUGUACGGCGUUUUGCAGUUCAGCAUUGUUGUACAGCUUCUAGUUUCCCCUAGAUUGGUUUUCCUUGGCCUUCUACGUACCGUUCCGUGUGUCGUCCAGGAGUUCGUGCACGCUGGGAAGUGUGGGCACGUAUGCACGUUUGGGGUUCUGUGCUAUACCGCAGGAGAGGACAGAAUGCAGGCAGGAGGGCGAUGGCAGGAUGCACGUGCUGCUUUCUGGGCUGGGACGCUUUUAAGCAGGAUAUGUUUGUGAACUUUAUGAUCGCAUGGUUUGAUGACGUGGCUGAAGAUAAGCGGCAGUUGCCAAUUGGGCCCUCAAUGCCCCCGGACGUGAAGCCUCACUGAUACGGUAAACCAGCAACUGUAAAGCGUUGGGCAAUGGGUGCGUGGCCGCUUCCAAGAAUGUCUUACGAGGUUGCUUGUCAUGUUCACUCGGGGGUCUGCGUUAAGCCUUGAUUGUAUGGGGAUAUGUUGGAUUUGCGUCGCUUGAUGCUUGCCCAGCGCACGGACUUGUCAGACCUCUUUACACGGGAUUGUACGCAUAAUAUGGUCGAUUGGCACAUCGGAGCGGGCAUUGCGUCGAUUAGUCAUUGGGUGCCGUUGGUUAAGCUUGACUGGAGGAGACGUGAGCACCUUCGUAUCGGUUCCGCAGGAUUAAGAGCAUGUUAAGCCCGCAGGAUUCGAGCAUGUAUGUU